GAUGCUGCUGAGAGAGUUGCGGGGAGUCGGAGGCUGUGGCGCAAUGGAGGGGCUGGAAGAAAAUGGAAGUGUUGUCCAAGUUGGAGAGUUGUUGCCUUGCAAAAUUUGUGGAAGAACAUUCUUUCCAGUAGCAUUAAAAAAGCAUGGACCCAUUUGUCAGAAAACUGCCACUAAAAAACGGAAGACUUUUGAUUCAAGCAGGCAAAGAGCUGAAGGAACUGAUAUUCCAACAGUAAAACCUCUUAAACCUAGGCCAGAACCACCAAAGAAACCUUCAAAUUGGAGAAGAAAACAUGAAGAAUUCAUUGCCACCAUAAGAGCAGCUAAAGGCCUUGAUCAGGCACUUAAAGAGGGUGGCAAACUUCCUCCUCCUCCUCCACCUUCUUAUGAUCCUGAUUAUAUUCAGUGUCCAUAUUGCCAAAGGAGAUUUAAUGAAAAUGCAGCUGAUAGACAUAUCAAUUUCUGUAAAGAACAGGCAGCACGUAUUAGUAACAAAAGCAAGUUUUCUACUGACACCAAAGGAAAACCAACUUCUCGGACACAGUAUAAGCCACCUGCACUUAAAAAGUCAAAUUCUCCUGGAACCAUGCCAUCAGGAUCUUCACGAUUACCACAGCCAAGUGGCAUUAGCAAAACUGUUGUAGGAACACCUUCAGGUAAAGUGCCUUCAGUUAGCAGCUCUUUGGGAAACAAACUUCAGUCCUUAUCUCCUUCUCAUAAAGCUAUAGCAACUCCUCAGGCAGGAGCUAACAUCAAAUCUCGAAAUACCACACCACCUAGUUUGGCAAGAAAUUCUGCCUCAAGUAUACUUACAAACAAAAGAAAAACAUAUACUGAUAGCUCCAUAGCCAGGCCAGAUAUAGACUAUGCAUCUUCAUUUAAUGGUGGAAACAUUAAAGGCAUUGAAGGAAAUUCAUCUGGACACUUACCAAAAUUCUGUCAUGAGUGUGGGACAAAAUAUCCUGUAGAAUGGGCAAAGUUCUGCUGUGAAUGUGGCAUUCGAAGAAUGAUUUUAUGAACAGAAUCCCAAAAGAAAUUUGAGAGCCAGGUUGACAGUUUUAUGAUCAUUGCUGCUUGAACAGCUAGAGUAUAUCCUCUAGUUAUUUUGUGCAAAAACUAUUCAAAAUACCUUUUCCAGUAAGUUUUGGAGCAUAAUUCUUUUGCUGUAUAAUGUGUGUUUGUAUAUAUUUGUAUAUAUACUGUAUAUAAUAAAUACAUGAUACCCCAAGCUGUGCCAUUCAAGGAAAUACUCAUUAACCUCUCAGAAAAUUACUUCAAUGGAAUCAUUAACUUAGGUGUCACCCUUCGGUUGUUGUUAAUGCACAUUCAGUGUACCUCACAAAUGCUCCUUCUCUUUUGGUUGACCCUUCAAACUUUAGAAUAAUCACAACUUCAAGCAAAAACUCAGAAUAAACAUUAUUGGUGCUAUCUGCAGAUAAUAUCAUAGUAGGAUGGACACUUGGAAUUUUGUAAUUGAAGAAACUUUUCAUUAUUAUUAGUUGAUGUGGGGUCAUUUUGGUAUUGAAUUCUCCAACAACUAAUAUUCCUAAAAAAUAAGAGAAAGAAAAAACCUAAGAUCUAUUUUUACUCUUAACUUGUGACUUAUUAAUUAAUUAUAUAAUUUAAAUAUGAUUACACAUUCUGUGAAAAUGUAAUUAUGCAAUUUCCUUUUCAGAAACACAAAACUAAAAAUACAAAUGCAUUUUAUUCUAUUUAUAACUGAAUGUUAUUUUUGUACUUCUGAAUUAGUUCAACAUAUAUUCUUUCUACUUCCAAUAGUGUUCCAAAUUUCACUUAUUUUAUCUUUCAUAAUUUGUCUGAAGAAUAGUUUUAAUUUACUGCUGUAUUUUUGCAGUAUUUGAAAGUGUAACUCUUUAAUGUAAGAUACCCAAAAUUCUUUCUAAAAUGAAACCCAUUUUAUUUCUGUGUUUCUGAAUUUUUAAGAAAGUAAUGGAUUUUAAAGUAAACUACCUUAUCUAAUAAAUAAUAAUUGUGUAAUUAUUCAUUAGUGUUGAGCAUGCAGGUAAAAAGUAUUUGGAUUUCAGUUUCUUAUAGUACACUUAGAGGUAGUUAUGAGUAGGUUGAGUAUCUCCAAUUUUUUCUACUCAUAUUUUCUUCUUUACUGUUCAAUGUUGAGAUACCAUUCAUAUCACAAUGAAAAAAACCACUGAAAAUGUAUUGUUUUGAUGCAUAGUUGAUUUAUUAUGUAAUUAAACAUACACAAAAUCUGUAUUUUCUCUUUAACUUGACUAGCAUAGAACUUUUGAUCACUGUCACUCUCACUGUUACACAAUAUUUAGCAAUAGCUUUCUUUGAUGGCUUGUGCAAUUAUAUUUAGUAAUUCUAUAGUAAUUCCAGUUAAAACUCAAGUGAACUUUCUUUUAUUGUAAUGGUACAAGCAAAUCUUUUAUAUUUUAUGUAUUUUCUAGCUUUUAUUAUUCAUAUCAACUAUAAAGAUCAAUGUAGAAAUAUUUUAAAAUUUUAUUUCUCUGAAAUUUAUCUAGUUUUUGUUUUGUUUUAGUUGGGGCAGGGGUAUGACCUUAGUGGUAACAAGAAUUGUCAUUUUACAUAUAUUAUAGUUUCUUUUCCUGAUAUUUUAUUUCAGUUAUUUUAUUCAGCCAUAUUGAUUUAAAAACAUCUUGCUCAAGUAAGUUAUAAUCAAUUUAGAAUACUAAUGUACAUAUUAGUUUUCCAUUUCAAUGACUUCUGUCCUAAUUGUUAUAAAUCAUAUGAAGAACUUUCAAUUCUUAUUUAUCUAGGAAUGAACACUAUUUUCUUUCAAGUAUAUUUUUGAGACAACCUAAUCUUUUUUUUUUUCUGCUCACAGAGGAGUAAAUAAAUGAGUUUAAAUAAAUUGGCACAUAUUUCUCACUGAAUUUUGCAGUACUAAAAUUAUUAUAAACAGUAAGUAGGUAAAAUAAACUUAUAUAACUUAAGAAAUGUUGUGAAAAUGUAUUUAAGUGCAUUUUAUAUUACUUGCAUAUUUUACUCUCACAUUAAUUUGUUGUACAAUAGUUUUUAAGCAAUCUUCCUAUGCAUCAUUUAUUUUUAUUUAUUUGCACAAGUGUUUGCCAAUGUGGUAGAAUGAUAAAUGAUUGUAAACUUAAAUUUAAAAUGUAAAAAUUGCUUCUAUAUUAUUCUGAAAGUUAUUAGCUUGAAAAAGUAAGAUUACUGUGACUACUGUUGUCUCUUGUUCAUUGUUUUUUAUUAUAAAUAUCUUCAUUUUGAACCAAUUCA